GGCAGCCCAGGAAUCUAGUGCAAACCGCGCGCCCGGCCCCUCCUGCUUCCCUUUCACAUUGCUCUGCAGCCCUGGGCGUCCCCGGCUCUCCUGCUCCCCUCUGCCCCACCCUGCAGCCCUGGUGGGCGAAGGGUGAGGUGAGAAGGGACCUGGAGGGGUCGGUAGCUGGAGUGAGGGGCGCCGGAUUGUCUCACUGCUGCGCCCGUCGCCUGCUGACGUUUAGGUCUCCCAGACCUGGUGCCCGACCCCUACUACAUCCAGGCGUCCACGUACGUGCAGAAGAUGUCCAUGUACAACCUGAGAUGCGCCGCAGAGGAGAACUGUCUGGCCAGUUCAGCAUAUAGGGGAGAUGUCAGAGAUUAUGAUCUCAGGGUGCUGCUAAGAUUUCCCCAAAGGGUGAAAAACCAAGGGACAUCGGAUUUUUUACCAAGCCGACCAAGAUAUUCCUGGGAAUGGCACAGUUGUCACCAACAUUACCACAGUAUGGAUGAAUUCAGCCACUAUGACCUGCUUGAUGCCAACACCCAGAGCAGAGUGGCUGAAGGCCACAAAGCAAGUUUCUGUCUUGAGGAUACAUCCUGUGACUAUGGCUACCACAGGCGAUUUGCAUGUACUGCACACACACAGGGGUUGAGUCCUGGCUGUUAUGAUACCUAUGGUGCAGACAUAGACUGCCAGUGGAUUGAUAUUACAGAUGUAAACCCUGGAAAUUACAUUCUAAAGGUCAGUGUAAACCCCAGUUACCUGGUGCCCGAAUCAGAUUAUUCCAACAAUGUUGUGCGCUGUGACAUUCGCUACACAGGACACCAUGCAUAUGCCUCAGGAUGCACAAUUUCACCGUACUAGAAAGCAAUCUAAAACUUCCAAUGGAUAAAUCCGUGUCUGGUGUUCUGAAGUGGGGAAAAAUAGAUUAACUUCAGUAGGAUUUAUGUAUCUUGAAAAAAAGAACAGAAAACAAACGAAUUUUUCUUGAACUGUUGUAUAGCAAAGUACAUAACUGGAUUUUCAACAUUUAAAUCAGUAUUAUUUGGGAAAUUUUUCAUACUUAUUAUUCACAUUAGUUCAUGAAUUUACACAGUGUUUCCAUUCUGUAGUUGCAUAUUUGACUCAAGGAAAUCCAAAUUUUGUAUGCCCCUUCUGAAAUUUAUAGUGUAAAAUGGGGAAAUAUUAUUUAAAUGAAUGAGCCAAAAUUUCUUGGAAUUGAUACUUUUCUAAAGUGCCAGAACUUCAGUGAAACAACAAUAAUGGACUUUCAUAUGU